AUGAGUUCUCGUAUAUUCUUGAUCCGUCAUGGUGAAACCGAAGGGACCCGGGGGAUGCAGCAUAUCAGCACCACCGACCAUAAACUAUCCACAGAAGGGGAGAGACAAGUCGAACUGACUAGGGAGCAGUAUGUGGGUGGGGGCAAGUUGAUCGAUCCCAAAAGGGUUUCACGCAUAUAUAUCACUCCAAGAAUACGAGAUCGUCAGACGUGCGAAAUCCUCCGUCUGGGAGUGCACCAACAUCAGCACUUUUAUGACCGAACCACCAAGCAGACCUCAACGACCGCGAUCCCUCCUACUACGGGCGACAUAGCCGAGGCGACGAUCCAGAUCACUCCCAGCCUUGGUGAGUGGGACUACGGCGAAUACGAAGGGCUGACCACAGACCAAAUUCGCGAGAAACGCGGACAAAAGGGGCUGGACAAGGAAGGUCCUUGGUCAAUCUGGAAGGCUGGUUGUCCUGGAGGCGAAAACCCUCAACAGGUCUCCGAUCGCAUUGACGAGCUGAUCGCGGAGAUGAGAGAACUCCUCAAGAGUACCUCUGCCUCCUGGCCGGGAGGCCGGAUUGUCCCUCAUGUCAAUGAGGAGCCUCGGGAUAUCGUUUGUAUUGGAUCUGGUCAGUCGCUAGCUGCGUUGGCUAUGCGGUGGGCCGGCCUGCCUUUGAAGUGUGGGGUGAGGCUUCUGAUUGAGACAGCGGGCGUGGGUAUACUGGGGUUCGAGGAUGAGGACUUGGAGCAGCCGGCUAUCAUCCUAGGACGGAGGCCUGUGGCUUCUAAGUUUGUAAGCUAG